UAAAGAUGUGAGGGGAGAAGAAAAAGAGGAGAGAAAAAUUACAUCUUGGUUCAUCAUUUUGAGUGUUUGAAUACAAUUUGAUUCAUGAGUGUUCAUCAACAAAGACGGGAUUUUUUUGGAGGUAGCUUACAUGAACAAUACAGACAGACGGUAGAUGAGCCUGGCUUUUGCCCACUCCCGGAGCUCAACAAAUAGCUUUCUUCUCUUCCGCAAUCUGCUCAAAACUUGUAUCGCAAACCGAGACCUCGUCGUCGGCCGCAGCAUCCACGCCCUCUACCUCAAGUCUUUCAUUCCUCCUGACACCUACCUCUCCAACCACUUAGUCCUUCUCUACUCUCGAUGCCGCCAACUAAAUCUCGCCCGCCAACUGUUCGACGAAAUACCCCAACCGAAUGUCUUCUCAUACAACACCCUCCUCGCCGCUUACGUCCACGAGUCACAGACUCACCUCGCUACCGACCUCUUCUCCCGCAUUCCCAACCCAGAUCUCGUUUCCUUCAACACACUCCUCUCGGCUUACGCAGCCGUAGGUCGCGCCGCCGAUGCCAUAGCCCUCUUCUCCCAAAUGCGCCAUUUUGAUUCUAACAUGGACGGCUUCACACUCUCCGCUGUGUUGUCCUCUCUCCGCCUCAGUGGCGUCGAGCAGUUCCAUACCAUCGCCAUCACAACUGGUCUCUAUUCUUACGUCUCCGUCAACAACGCUCUCAUAUGUUGCUACAGCAGAGCCGGCUUGCUUAUAGAUGCUGAGCAGUUGUUCCAUGAAAUUCCUGUUAUGGAUCGUGAUGCAGUUUCAUGGAACUGCAUGAUUGUUUCUUAUGGGCAGCAUCGGGAGGGAUCGAAAGCAUUGAGCUUGUUUCAAGAGAUGAUCAGGCGAGGCUUUGUCGUCGACAUGUACACACUUGCAAGCGUUCUGACAGUUUUUACGACGUUGAAAGACCUUGCUGGCGGAAUGCAGUUUCAUUCUUUCUUAAUCAAGAGCGCUUUUGAGAAGAAUCCCCAUGCCGGCAGUGGCCUGGCUGAUCUCUAUUCCAAAUGCUGCAGAGUUUCGGACGCCAUGAAGGCGUUUGAGGAGGUUGAAGAGCCUGAUUUAGUUGUCUGGAACACGAUGAUCUCCGGUUUCUCGUUGGAUGAUGAGUACUUAGAGGAAGGGUUACAGUUCUUCCGACGCAUGCAACGCGCUGGAUUUCGUCCCGAUGAUUGCAGCUUCGUCUGCUGCAUUAGCGCUUGCUCAAACCUCUCGUCCCCGUCACAAGGCCAACAGCUGCACUCUCUCGCAAUGAAGUCCGACUUUCCCACAAAUUUAGUAUCCGUGAACAACGCGCUGAUAUCAAUGUACUCCAAGUGCGGGAACCUCAAGGAUGCCGACAAACUGUUUGUCAGAAUGCCCGAACGGAACUCUGUUUCAUAUAAUUCUAUUAUUGCAGCUUAUGCCCAACACGGCCUCGGUCUUCACGCUUUGAAAUUGUUCGGCGAGAUGCUCGUUUCAAAGAACGAGCCAACCAGCAUAACAUUCAUCUCAGUCCUCUCGGCUUGCGCGCACACUGGGAGAGUCGAUGAAGGCCAGCGUUACUUCGAUUCCAUGCAGAAAGAUCACAACUUUGAGCCAUCGGAAGAACAUUACUCCUGCAUGAUCAACCUUCUCUCCCGCGCAGGCAAGUUCGGUGAAGUGGAGCAGAUGAUCAAAACAAUGCCUUUUGAUCCAGGGGCGAUUGGCUGGGCGGCUGUGCUCGGCGCUUGCAGAACACAUGGCAACUUGGAGCUCGGAGCACGAGCAGCGGAGAAGCUUCUUGAGCUCGAUCCUUCGAACGCCUCCGCUUAUGUGAUGCUCGCCAACAUGCAUGCAAGCUUUGGGAACUGGGAGGAGAUGGCUAGUUCUCGGAAAUUGAUGAGGGAUCGAGGCGUGAGGAAGAAACCAGGUUGCAGUUGGAUUGAAAUGGGAAAGGUGAUUCAUUUAUUCGUAGCUGAUGAUGUUUCUCACCCUCAGAUUAAAGAUAUAUAUCGGUUCUUGGAGGAGAUUUCAGAGAAGAUGAAGCAGGCGGGGUAUGUACCUGAUGUGAAGUGGUCACUGGUGAGGGAUGAUGUUAGGGAAGGAGUGGCGAGGUUGGGUCACCACAGUGAGAAACUGGCUGUUGCGUUUGGGUUGAUCAGCACGGCGGAUGGUACGCCCAUACUCGUCAUGAAAAACCUUAGAAUCUGUGGAGAUUGUCACAACGCAAUCAAGUUUAUUUCCAAGAUUGCAGGGAGGGAGAUCACAGUCAGGGAUGCGCAUAGGUUUCAUUGCUUCUCCAGUGAUGGGAGCUGUUCCUGUGGAGAAUUUUGGUGACGCUUCUGUUAAAUCAUAGGAGUUCUCUGAAGAGAAAUUUUGUACAUUUUUUGACUUGAAAACUAAGGCUAAAUUUCUUUGUUUUGACUUGGUAAUGAUUCUUACAAGCAUUUUUUCAGCUAAUAAAUUGAUGUUGUUGGACGAACUUUUUAUAUCAAGCUAUCCA